AUGGACAGAAGUUGCAUUUUUCUUGCAAUUUUCAUUCUACUACAUGACAAUACUUUACUUGCUACUCUUCCUAGUAUUAGCACUGAUGAAGCUGCUCUUCUUGCACUUAAAUCACAUAUUUCUUCUCAUUCUAACAAUAUCUUAGCAAGAAACUGGUCUUCUUCCAUCCCGGUUUGCAGCUGGAUUGGAAUCACUUGCAGCUCCCAUCACCAUCAAGUCACUGCUAUAGACAUUUCUAGCAUGCAACUUUAUGGUACCAUUCCUCCACACCUUGUAAACCUCUCAUUUAUUUCAUCGCUUGACAUCAGUAACAACACUUUCCAUGGAGAUUUGCCAGUAGAGUUGACUCAUUUGCAGAGGUUGAAAUUCAUUAAUGCCAAAAACAAUAACAUUACCGGAGCCAUUCCAUCAUUUUUAAGUUUGUUACCAAACCUACACUUUUUGUACCUAUCGAAUAACCAAUUUUCGGGGAAAAUUCCAACUUCCCUUUCCAAUCUAACAAAACUGGAAGUGUUGCAAUUACAGAGCAAUUUUCUCGAAGGAGAAAUCCCUCGAGAAAUCAGUGAUCUUCGUUACUUGACUAUCCUAGACCUGGAAUUUAAUCAGCUUACUGGAUCUAUACCACCAUCAAUCUUCGACAUUACUACAAUACAAGUAAUUGCUCUUAUGGACAACAAUCUUACUGGAAAGCUGCCAAAAACUAUAUGUGAUCAUAUUCCAGACUUGGAAGGACUUUACCUCGGUAGAAACUCCCUAGAUGGAAUUAUUCCACCAAAGCUGGAGAAAUGCAGAAAGCUUCAAAUAUUGGAAUUGGGUGAUAAUGAGUUUGCUGGAACUGUACCAAGAGAGCUAGCCAACUUAACAGCUCUUACAGAAUUAUAUCUUGGACUUCUGCAUUUGGAAGGAGAGAUACCAAUGGAGCUCGAUAAUCUUAAGAAAUUUCAAGCAUUGGGAUUAUCACAGAAUGAGCUUACUGGCUCUAUCCCUGACAGCAUUUUCAACAUGUCAGCACUGCAGAUUAUAGAUUUUGGAGAAAACAAGCUUUCAGGUCCAAUUCCUAAAUCACUUGGUAACUUAGAAUACCUUGAGGUUCUGAACUUGUGGGGGAAUAAUUUUGUCAGUGAUUCAACAUUGAGCAUCCUUGCAUCAUUGACAAACUGUAGGAAUCUAAGAGUACUCACGUUAUCUGGUAAUCCGUUGGAUGGUGUUUUGCCUCCAUCUGUUGGUAAUUUCUCAAACUCCUUGCAAAGUUUUGAAGCAGAUGGUUGUAAACUGAAGGGUGUCAUUCCAAAAGAAGUUAGUAAUCUUACUGGAGUGACAAGGAUGAGUCUGUCUAACAAUGAGUUGACUGGACAUAUUCCAAAUACUGUACAUGGCAUGUCGAUCCUUCAAGAACUUUACUUAUUUAACAACAAGAUAGAAGGAGCCAGACAUGAUGUUAUCUGUAAUUUAAAGAGUCUAGGCACAUUAGUCUUGUCAGAAAAUCAUUUUUCUGGUUCAGUGCCCUCGUGCUUAGGGAACGUUACUAGUUUGAGGAAACUUUAUCUAGAUAACAACAAGCUGUAUUCUAGAUUACCUUCAAGCUUGGGGAACCUUCAAGAUCUCAUAGAAUUCAAUGUUUCAUUCAAUUUAUUUAGUGGGGAAAUUCCACUGGAGAGCGGAAACUUGAAGGCUGCAACACACAUUGAUUUGUCAAAUAAUUAUUUUUCUGGUAAGAUUCCUAGCACUCUAGGGGGUCUAGAUAAUUGA